AUGGCUUGUGAAAUCGGAAACAGGACCGUCCUAAAAUUCGACACCGAGGAUGGUGUCGCAGUGGCCUUGGCCAGAUACAUUGCCGAUCUCUCCGAAAGAUUUAUCAAAGAAAAAGGUUCUUUCAAUAUGGUCCUCUCAGGAGGCAGCCUCAUCGACACUAUGAGGUAUCUAGCUCGGGCCCCUUACAAGGAAUCAGUGGAUUGGCCAAAAUGGAGCAUAUUUUGGUUGGAUGAGAGGGUGGUUCCUCUGGACAGCAAGGAUAGCAAUUACAGACUUGCCUGGGAUGGACUUCUUAAAUACGGCACUUUUUCUCCAACAUUAUUAGCUAAAACUAAAAGAGACUCCAAUAACGUCAUUAAUGGUUCAGCUUCUUCUUCCACCUGCAAUAUUGUUGUACUUCAACCAGAUUUGUCAUUCAGAGGUUGA